AUGCAGAUUGAAGAGGAAAAACCAUCUACACCAACGUGGUCUUAUGCAAUUCGUUUUGCUCUUGGAUGUGCCAGAGUCAGUGGAUGGAAGAAAGCUUUCAAGUGUGAGAACCUGAUAAUGCAAUUUCAAGCUCAACUAGUUAUCCAGAAGAAUAGGAGGUAUGUUAUUAUCAAACAAACACGUCAAGAUAUUGUUCAGCUGCUCCAAAAUGACAACUUCGACAGUGCUUUUGCUAGGGUUGAACAGCUGUAUAAAGACUCAUGUUUGUUGACUGCAUAUGAUCUAAUUGAUAAUUUCUGUGAAUGCAUCAUCACCAACAUGUCACACAUUAGCAAAUGCAGUUGCAUACACAACCUACCUGCAAAUGUUGCUGUGGCAAUAUCAAGUCUCACAUAUGCUGCUUCAAGAUGUGGUGAAUUGUCACUUUUGCAUGUGAUAAGAAACUUGUUCAGAGAGAGAUAUGGAAGGGAGUUCGACAUUACAAAUGUGGAACUAUUUGCUGGCAACUAUGUGGACACGCCCUUGAGGAAAAACCUUGGCAAUUAUAGUGUACCAGAAGAUCAGAAACUCAUGUUGUUACAUGAAAUAGCUCAAGACAAUUUCAACAACCAUCGAUUUAUUUGA